CGGGGCCCGAACCCUUCACUGUGCCCCUAACACCCCCAGCGGGGCCAGAGCCAAAGGGGAUCUUUGUCACAGCCUGGGGACAGCCAGGAACAUGGCUCCUAAAAAUAAUAAUUUGUUUUAGUAUGAUUUAGCGGGGUCAGAAGCUGCCGUGGUGUUGGUGUAGUUUGGCCUCCCCUUUGCAUAAGCCCUCUAUUUUGCAGAGAUAAACAAAACUCUGCAGCUUUGUGAAAGUUGUAAAGCUGGCAUGUUUAUUACAUUGUAUUUAUUACAGGUAUGUUUAUUACAGUGCUGGAUGUAUGUGGAGGUUACUCUCUUUAAAAGACAUGCGUACUUUUGGGGACUUCAGGUCUCUUUUUAUUUUCUUCUCAAAUACAUACGCAUACAAUUUCACAAUAGGUUUGUACAUAGUCAUUUUUAUAAAUUUUGUGUGACAUUUGCUGCUAGUUCUUCUUUAUCAGAAAGAAUUCUUAGGUCAGGUUGACCUGCUCUCACAGCAGUCUCUGUUUCUCUUUAUCACUUUUGGUCUUUUUUUCUCUUUAUCUCUGUCUUUCACUGAAGCAGUUUCUCUGAGCUUAGGCUUUUUUGCAGUCAGGCUAAAUAGCUAUGUUUUCAAACUACAGACUUAACUCAAAGAUGUACAUUUCACUUAAAUCAAAAUGGAUCUCUACUCUGGAGAAUUUCUACUUUGUCUCACCUCAACAUCUCUCUGGGUUGAUCCCCCUCCAAUAAACUGUUCUUUGAGGAGAAAUGCAUCAAUUUUAAACAUCAGUCAGGCCUCAGCAUCCAGGGUGGAGGAGGAGCUGAAGGAGCAGCAGCAGCAGAAGGCAGCCAGCCUGAGGAGGUUCCAGGGCGAGGUGAGGCAGCGUGUGAACCGGCAGGCCAGGCUGCGCCGCAGGCUGGAGCUGCAGAAGGCCUACGAAGCUGUGGAGAGAGAGAACAGUGCUGCUGUGCAGUAUUCAACCCCCUGGAAGAACACGUGCCUGUUCCAGAGCCUCCCUGCUGCCAUCAUCUGUGCACCCAGUGGCUGUGACCCAGCCCAGCCAGAAGAGGAGCACGGGGAGCCAUUCCAGCAGCAAGCUGCUGAGCUCAGCAGGGCUGUGCAGCAGGUGCGGCGCAGGCUGGCGUCCCGCAGGAUCCUGUCCCACGUGUCCCACGGAGCCUGGAGGCAGCAGGAUCCAGACCCUUGCCCAGCAGCUGCAGUGCCCAUGGAGGAGAGUGAGGAGCUGCUGCUGGCAGGACACCACGAUCUGCCUGCUGAGCUGCUGGAGCAGGGCACAGCUGCACAUGGCACUGGGCAGGAUGAUGGCUUCUACAUCAAAAUUGAGUUUAAAAAAGUCUGUGGUGGGACAGUGAAGGACUCGAGCCCUCCUGGGAGGCCACACAGUGAAUGCCAACCUCCCCUCAGACUCUGGGCUGGUGUGGAGCAAGAGGAAACCAGGAAGCAGCGGCAGAGCGAGUUCCUGCGGUGCCGGCGCCUCUGCAUGGCCCUGGAGCGGGAGCGAGUGCGGCAGCGCCAGCGGCAGCAGGACAGGCAGCACAGAGUGGCCCAGAUUAAGAGGCAGAAGGAGAAUCAGCGGCGGGCAGAGGAGCAGAGGAUGAGAGAUGUGGCUGAGCAGAGAGAGCCCUCCCCAGGAGAGGGAACCUGGGCAGCCCUGGCCCAGCUGCAGCUGGAGGAGAGGAGAGUGAGGGACAGACAGCAGCGAGAUAAGGAGCACGUGAGGUAUCUUGAAGCUCUGAGAGCCCAGAUGAGGGAAAAAGUCAAGCUCUGUAACAUUGAUUUGCCCCCACUGUGUUCCUGUGGGUCUGAUUUCUGGGAUUCCCACCCGGAUACCUGUGCCAAUAACUGCGUCUUCUACAAAAAUCACAAAGCCUACAGCCAGGUGCUGCACUCGGUGAUCUCCUCCUGUGGCCCUGCAGCCACGCGCUCUCUGCAGGACCUGGCUGCUCUCUGUGCCCGCUCGGGGAGGCGCCUGUGACCCAGAGCUCGGUGGGGCUGGGCUGAGCAGGGAGUGGGGCUGUGCCUGUGUCUGUGCCUGUGUCUGUGCCGUGUCCUGCCUGCCCUCCACGCCAGCUGCCAGGACGGCGUCACCUUUGCCCUCGCAGGCUGUGCUGUGCCUCUCCCACCGUGCCCCAGGGGUGCAGCGGGCCGGGGCGAUGGUCGAGGUGAAGGAAGCAAUUGCUCUGUGGGGUUGGUUUAUGGCCCACACUUGCAUUCCAGUAGCUGACUGUUGACUGCACAUCCUUAUCGACUAAUCGUUAUUGUGGAAUAAACUACUUUCAAGGA